AAUGGCAACUCUGGUAUAAUGCAACUGCGCAACUGGUUUCAAGUGUACGCUUUGGUAUACAGAAUUUAUAAAAGUGAAAUUGAGUUUGCAGAAAGGAAGAAUACAAACACCAGUACAAAAAAUAAUAUAAAUAUGGAGAACGAACCGGGAAAACUUCAGAGAUCGAAUGCUUUUGUAGGAAACGUACUAAAAAAUUAUCGUAUCACGAAAGCCCCAUGUCAUCAAUGUAUCCAGUUCAAAGAAAUGAUUGAAAGACAAAACCAAUUAAUCACUGAAAUGAUGGCCGAUCAAACAAUUUUAAGAGAAAACCUUUCGAAAUUGCAAGCAACAACAGAAAAUCAAAACAAGGUUAUAGUGGAAAUGAUGGCCGAUCAGAAAGUUCAGUUGCAAGCAUUUAAUAAAACUCGCCAAGACGUAACUGCCAUAACAACAGCAUUUCCGCUUAAAACAGAAGAAGAUCUUCAAAAGAUGGAAGCUGAAAUAAAUGAAAUUAAUGAGGAAAAAUAUGUAUCUGCCGUAAAAUAUUUACUUGAUGGAAGUGCGCCUAAAAACUUAGAACGCAUAUUUUCUCGAGAAGUGUGCAUGAUUUAUAACACGGACGGAAACUUCGGGAAAAAAAGUCUUAGGAGCAAGCAAAAUAUAUUUAAAAUUGUUUUAGCUGCAGUAAGUCACACUUCUCCCAAUGCAGAAAAGGAAUUGCGAAUCGCACUUCAAACAGUGAAAAAACGCCACUUUCGUCACGUAUCCAACCAAAAGAAAAAAAUAGUAAAUUAAAUUUAAGCUCCGUAUGUACAUGUGCAUGUACAUACGUAAAUAUAGUUAUAA